UGAGGAUUCCUUUUCGCCUUCCUAUACAAGAUCUCCUUGCUGUGUACAGUACUAAAGUGAUGUAGUGAGUGACUUUCAGCGCACAUCAUGUUUCACAAGACCGGUGAUUGACUACGUAUCUAAGGCGCUGUGAGUUGAAGCAAAUGAUUGAAAAGGAUUACCAUGACAAUAAGGGCCUACAGGGUAUUUAGUAGCACCUGUGUACAAGAACGACGGCUUCCAAAAUAUAUUAACAUCAGAACACACGACCGAGCAGCAAGAAGCAGGCCUUCACCAAAGAGUAUCGCCAAGACCUGAUACAUCAGAUUCACAAAGCUGAGAAUGAGAUCAGUGUAUACAAAUCACAGCUGCAGCAUAUGGGUCAGUGGAUGAACAUUGACGACGACCUCCGGUUCACCAUGGACCGAUGCUUCGAUGAACUUACAGUAUAGCCUAACACCGGCUUCCUGAAUCUUACCGGAUUCAACUUUAUUGAAGACCAAACCACACUUAAAACACGGCAUAAACUGCCUCAUUGUGUCCAGACCAAGUGAGAUAGCCUGAAAAAUAUGGAGUUGGAGAUCCUGCUAUGAGAUAUUUGACCAAAUAACACAGGAAGGUCACAAGGUCACCGUUAAGGAUACCGAACUCGCAGCAUCUGACAGAAGGAUAAAUGACUAGAUUCAACUACAGAAGCACCAUACCCACGCACCGUCCACUCCCUCCUUCACCUUUGCCCUUCACCCCCAUCUCUCCCCCGCCAUCCUGUCUAGAUAACUAGCCUCAAGUAGAGAGCGGAUGUCUUAGAGAAUAUCCAGAGUGUCACUGUACGUCUUGGAGUACGCCCAGGGUACUGUGAUGAUGGUGUUCCAGGGAAAUGGGCCACCUUGGACGGAUUGUCAGCGGUUGUGUGCAGUGUGUGGGUGGCCCAAGAUGGAGAAGACAGUUCUACUUCUGGUGAUAGUUGUGUUGUGGGGGUCAACAGGAUACGCACAAAAUUCUCCAGAUGCAAACACUAACCCCAGCAUGACAUCCACGGAAGUUAGGACAAACAGCUCUAACAACACGUCGGACAGAACGAAUACCGCCACAGAAUCACCCGGAUGCAACUCUACCGAAGCAUUGGUCAAGAGUAUCACAGAAAUCAUGGAAAAUGUGAAGGAAGGCAUGGAAAAUGUGAAGGAAGGCAUGGAAAAUGUGACGAAAGGCAUGGAAAAUGUGAUGAAAGGCAUGGAAAAUGUGACGAAUGGCAUGGAAACUGUGAUGAAAGUCAUGGAAAAUGUGACGAAUGGCAUGGAAACUCUGAUGAAAGUCAUGAAAAAUGUGACGAAUGGCAUGGAAACUGUGAUGAAAGUCAUGGAAACUGUGAUAAUAGAAUGCAACAGAUUGACUGUUGCUCUAAUAUUCUUCAUUGUCAUCCUAAUGGUUCUUGGAGGAGCUGUCAUUUAUUUAUAUCUGGAGAGAAUGAAGCUAUCAAAGGACAGCGAGAAACAUUAUUUUGAAGAAAAGUCGCAGCAUUCUAUCAUGUCAUGCACAUCUGCUACAGUGGAGCUCCGACCCUCUAACACUUCUCGCCAGUCUACCUUCGUGGCGUCCCAACCUUUGAGUACUCACAAUAGCCAUCUCAAUCACACCAGGAAUAUGUCUGGCUCCGAGAGGGAUGAUCCAUCGAGGAAACAUCUACAUCCACCUCUGUCUAAACCUCCUCCCCCAUCAGAUACACAGGAGCCAACGUUUCCCAUCUCCGGGUCAUUGGGUGACGUGGAUGAAUCUUCUUCAAAGAAACCUCGACACAUUCCUUCAUCGCCGCCACCUGCCCCAAAGGAGACUCCAGACUCCAUGUUCCCAAAGACCUCUGGAUCCUUGGGUGACGCCGACCACUACCCUGCAGACAAUGAUGAUGAUGACGACGAACAUGACUACGAUUACUUAGAUAUCAAUAUGCUCAAACAACAGAUGGAUAAAGAAAAGAAAGCAGAGCAAAGGCAAGAACAGAUGGGAAAAGAAGAUUCAAUUACACCGAAAAAGGAAGAGAAAGAGCAAGUAACAGAAGACGGUGAAGCAAUUUUGUCUCGUCAUGACUCUGAGAACUCACUUUACAACGUAAUAGUGGGAGCAAACUGUAAUGAAAAUGAAAUUGAAAUGGAAAGUAAUUUAUAAACACAUUACAAAUAAUAUAAAAUACAAAUAUUAAAGUUAAGAAAAUGUGAAAUUUCAAAUAUUAGUGAAAAAGAAAAUGGAAUCUGGAAACAUUUAUCUAUUUACCAUUAGGUAUAAUGGAGAUUGUAAAUGUUUAUGUGUAUAAGCAGAGACUAACAGUAUUUCGGGCGAGUCAUCAAGUACAUACAUUUGUUGAGGUAUUCACUGAGAAUUUGCAGUGAUUUGUUAGUUAAUCAGUUUUAAUCUGUUGACUGAGGUAAACAUAGAAUUUAGAGUAAUAUAGAAAUUAGACACCCAAUCCACAAGUCUGAAAAUAAAGAAUUAAAAUGUUUUGGUCUGUUCUGGACCAUUAUCAAGUUGGAUGUCUAAUUUUUAAGCACGUUAUUGUGACCUAUUGUCUGCAUAAUUUAGAAGCUAAUAUAAGCACCAUUAAUACUUAACAAAGUACACUUUGGUUCUAAUAAUGUAACAGUUGAAAUGUACUGAAUACAGAAUCCUUAAAAAUAAAUGUACAGUAACUGAAUUUAACUCUAAUCACAGAAACAAACUUAAACAAUAUCAUAUAAUACUAACAGAAGAUUUAAACAUCGACCCUAAUAGCUAGGUGAAACAUGUCACUUAGCUUUCUCAGCUGUAUGAACUCCUGUAUAUGUGUGUCCCUAUAAUCACAAAACCCACUAGAAUUACCUGUACUUAACCCACAGAAAGCUGGUGUGUUUUGUGAUCAUGGGGCUAUGCACAUCUGCCUCCACCUUUAACCAUAUUUGGACUUACACAUCUCCGUUAACCUCGCAAGUAAUCACUGAUGGAACAACACAACGCUACAUUUCCUAAUUAAACCAAACAUUAACAAACCACCAUUAGGAAACUGUGAAGAUUAACUUCAGAAUGCACAAUAAAACCUCCAUAAGGAACUUCACUGAAGCUGUUAACAACAUAAACUGGGAGAUUGAGCUUAGUAAGCAUGGGAAAAAAGACUAUAGGUGUACAAAUUACCUUUGUGAAAUUAUGCCAUGCAUCUUUGAUAUACGUAUUGAUUUUCCAUUAAUCCCCACAAGGAGGUAUUUUGCAGUUCUCUGAUUUUGUAUAUUUUGUAUAUUUUGAUAGAUGGUAGUAAAGGAAGUCACUAUCUUGUAAAUUAAGAGACAGCUUUAAUAUUUAGGCAAUACAAAUAAAAAAAAAGCAAUUACCUAUUGCAUAACUAUUUUAUUUUCUAGUGAAUCAUUCAAAUGAGCAUACAAUUACAGCCCAGUACACACACUGUAAUGCCAGCAUAUAUCAAUACUUUAUCUUACUAAAAAUAUUAACAGCGAGCCAACCCAGACACUUUUUACAUUUUAUUCUAUAAACUGCAUACAAAAAUCUAGGUCUACAAGAAAUUAAUGAUUAAGAGGCUGACUAGAUAUCCAAGAACAAAAAAAUAACAUACUAGCCUCUUCUCCACUCUCUCUCUCUCUGGAAAAUGUGCCUAGUAUAUCCAUUAUACUUUAACAAGCCAAUGCACUCCUGAGGAAAGACAUAUAUGUACAAGGAAUUAUCUUACACCAACCGAGUGUACCCAAGAAGUACUGUACUGUAAUACACUCAGAAUAUUUCACUAAUGAGGUCCAACUGUCUGCCACUUAUGCCAAACUGUAUAAUGUACUUGGUCACGGGAACAUUGUUUAAGAACAAGACUAUGCACAAAGAAAAAAUCUGAAUAAAGUAUCCAAAAAUAUUGUGGAAUGAAGUCUAGCAUGCUGUGUGUAUAUAUAUAAAUAUACAGUAUGUAUAUAUAUAUUUAUUUAUUUAUAUACAUACACACAAACAGAUAUUGCUAAAGGAAUAUCAGCCUGUUCACUUCAUAUGGUUAUCAUACAAGUAAAUAAUUAUAAAAAAAAAGGCAUCAAACCUUGGUUAUUACAUAAAUGUAUAAACAAAUAUAACUUGAUUAGAGUUUAAUACAUCAAGUAAUCAUGCACUCAAAUUUAUAUUUUGGUUUUCCUAAAGGUUCGUUACAAAAUUUUAUUAAGAUGAUGUACAGCAUAUGUAAACAGUUAUGUAUGAUGAAACAAAUUCAAGAUCCAAAAAAAUAGCGAUUAUCUGAUCUUCAUUAGUGCAUGUGUUCUAAAAAAAUAAAGUAAUUCUUGGUAGCAUUAUUAUACAUUCAUUACAUUCACUUUAAAAAAACAAAAAAAUACUAGUAACCAAUAGUGUUCCAAAUAUUGCAUAUUUACAAAGGACACUUAUUGCUGCAAUUAUGUUGUUUAAGUGUAUUUAAAAGAAAUAGCAAACACAUUUAUUUGCUGCAAUGAUUCUGGUAGUUUAAUCACUUAUUAAUGACAAAAGAUUCAAGUUUAACAAUGAAAGCAUGAAGACAGAUCCUAACACAAUAAACUACCCUGUAUCUGGAAAGCAUAGGAGAAUAGGCCUAUCUAAAUUUAUUUUGUUGUGGAUAUUCUGAAUAUAAAAAUACACCCCAUCAUAACUUUAAUCAUAAUUGGUUCACAUGUGUUGUGUUGCCUCUAAAUAACAUACCAAAUAAAGGUUUUAAAGAAAUACAAAUAGUACUAGUAACACUAUUUGGAGGUCAAAAGCUGUAUGUACUCUAAUGCAAUACUAUACAGUUUUUUGUUGUCAUCAAUGGCCCUACAGUGCCAGUAAACUUAUCCAGUUGCCAAUUAUUACUAGAUUAAAAGGGAUAAAUAAUAAAGUAAUGAUUCUCAAUCCUGCUUGAGUUUAAACCUGGGUCAUUCUCACUUGAAAGAUAAGAGGUCAAGGGUGCGAACCAUUGCACAACAGGUUGCAGUUACCUUAUGCUCGUUCACAGUACAUACCAUAUGCCAGUGGGUGUAGCAUGUAUUUUUGGUCCAUUGUAUUUACAUCCUUAAAAUCAUGUUUACCUUCUACAAAACUUUCAAUAAAUGUUUGAUGAGACAUACUAAAAAAACAAAAUAUGAUAAUAACUUACAAUUGAUAACAUUUCCAGUUUUCUUUACACAGUUACUAAUUCAAAUCCAUUUUCAUUUUGAUUUAAAAGGAAUAAUAUCAGGAUGCAGCAAAUAUUCUGAAGCAAGAUAACAUGGAGCACUGUUUAUGUCUUUUAGAUAAAAACUUUAGGGACAGUACACAAGUUCUUAAAUAUUGCACAGUAUUAUAAAUUGCAAAAAGUAACAAACCUCUACCUAGAGAGAAUUUGCCUCGUAUAAACAAAGUACUGUAUUGCAAAUUUAUAAUGUAAACCAUAAAAAUAAUGUAUAUUCUUGUGGAAAUACAAUUUUUUAAAUUAAAAUUUCUGCCACAUGUUACAGCAAGAUAUUUAUUCUUGGUAAUAAAAUACAUACAUUUCCAA